GUCAGGGAGGCGCCGCCAUGAGCCCGCCCGAGGUGGAGCCGCUCGUGUGCCGCAAAUACGAGAUCAAGAGGCGCCUGGGCAAGGGGGCCUAUGGCAUCGUCUGGAAGGCAAUUGACCGCAAGACAGGAGAAACUGUUGCUGUUAAAAAGAUUUUUGAUGCUUUCAGGAACAGAACAGAUGCUCAGAGAACAUUUCGAGAGAUUAUGUUCCUGCAGGAAUUUGGGGAACAUCCAAAUAUCAUCAAAUUGCUCGAUGUUAUCCAAGCAGAGAAUGACAAGGACAUCUACCUCAUCUUCGAGUCCAUGGAGACCGAUUUACAUGCUGUGAUUAAGAAGGGGAAUUUGCUGAAAGACAUCCACAAGUGUUACAUUCUUUACCAACUCCUGAAGGCAACUAAAUUCAUCCACUCAGGGAAUGUUAUUCACAGAGAUCAAAAGCCUUCCAAUGUGCUGCUGGAUGGCCAGUGCUGUGUGAAGCUGUGUGACUUUGGCCUGGCCCGUUCCCUGUGCCAGCUGGGCGAGGAGCAGCCCAGCCCUGCGCUCACCGAGUACGUGGCCACGCGCUGGUACCGAGCGCCCGAGAUCCUGCUGGCCUCCCGCAGUUACACUAAAGGUGUAGACAUGUGGAGCAUUGGCUGUAUUCUUGGAGAGAUGCUGCUUGGAAAGCCCCUUUUUCCUGGAACAUCAACAAUGAAUCAAAUAGAGCAGAUCCUGAGGGUCAUCCCUGCUCCAUCCCCAGAAGAUAUUUUGGCUCUGCAGUCAGAGUACAAGGCCUCAGUUAUUAACCACAUGAGUUCCCGGCAGCGAGUAGCAUUUGAGGAGAUUUUCCCAUCCUCUACUCCACUGCCUGCCUUGGAUCUGCUGAAGAAACUUCUGGUUUUUAACCCUGACAAGCGGCUCACAGCAGAGGAGGCUCUGCAGCAUCCCUAUGUGAGCAGAUUCCACUGUCCUUCCAGGGAGCCUUCUUUGGAUUUUGAUGUGAUCCUUCCUUUGGGUGAUGAUGUCCAGCUGUCUGUGGCAGAAUACAGAAAUAAAUUAUAUGAGAUGAUCCUUGAAAAGAAGUCAAAGAGCCUUCCAAAGGAGCAAGGGCAGAGAGAAAACAUUCAGCUGAGCCAGUCUCAAUCCAGCACACUUCUCCCAGGUUUCAGCUCAGUGACUGUACCCACCAGGAAAGACCAGCAAGAACCAACACCCCCUCUUCUAAACCCUUCACAUGUGCAUGCUGGAGCCACAGCUGGGCUCCAGCCAACAGGAUCCAGCCAGAGCAAGGAUUUGGCCAGAACUGUGUGUCAGAGGUCACAGAACAGUGUAAUGAUGUACAAUCCUAUCACACACACCACUGUGCAGAGAAAGGCAAAUCCUGGUGCUGGGAUCAGGAACUGUUCUGCACCACCUCAACAGUUCAGAAUCUCCAACAAUGAGAAACUAGGGAGACAAAUCACAAGGCCAGACACUCGACUCUCUCCUACGACUGUGCAGAACCUCUACAAUAAUCCCAGAAGCUCCCAGUGUCACAACAAAGAGGUUCAUCCCCUUCUGAAGCCCAGUAAAAAGAUGUUCCAGAUCACUGCAAACGUGGAAGCUGCAGGUGAUCCAAGGGCAUCCAUGGGCAGCUACUCCCAGGCCUAUGGAACCAUCAGUAAAUCUGCACUGCAGAGUCUUCCAAUAGCAAAGGCCUCCAAAAGCCCUGAGCAGUGACUGUGGAGAUACUCCAGACAGGUGAAGUACUCCUCAUCCCUCAGCCCCUGGCCAAGCAAGGGCAGCAGGGGAGAGCACAAUAUGAGGAAAUGCUUUAUUCACUGCUUAGGCCAAUGUCCUCCUUUCCUCUGGACAAGCUAAUAGGAAAGGGAAUCCAACUCCUGUGCCUUCCAGUCUCAGCAGUCAAGAACACAGCACACCCUGAGAACAGUGAAAGCUGUCAGUUCAUACUCCUUGUUAGAAUUACUGCAAAAAAUCACAGAAAACUGCAUUAUUCUGAUACUUUAGUGGUUUUUAGACAUAUUUAGGGUCCAGCAAACCUCCUGAAGUUCAACAAGGCCAUGUGCAAGGCCAAGAAAAUGUUCUGAGGGCUUGAGCCCCUCUGCUCUUGGAGACAGGCUGGGAGAACUGGAGGUGUCCAGCCAGGAGGAAAGAAGGCUCUGGGAAGACCUUUGAGCCCCUUCUAGUGCCUAAAGAGGUUCUGGGAGAGCUGGAGAGGCACUUUGGACAUGGGUCUGGAGUGUCUUCAAGGCUUCCUCCUGACAGAGGGCAGGGGUAGAUCGGAUGUUGGGAAGAAAUUCUUCCCUGGGAGGGGGCUGAGGCCCUGGUGCAGGGUGCCCAGAGAGGCUGUGGCUGCCCCAUCCCUGGAAGUGUUCCAGGCCAGGUUGGACAGGGCUUGGAGCAGCCUGGGACAGUGGAAGGUGUCCCUGCCAUGGCAGGCAGGGGUUGGAACUUGGUGAUCUUUAAAAGGUCCUUUCCAACCCAUUUGAGGAUUCUUCAGCAGUCUGCCUAAAUAGUGGAUGUUUUCUUGAGUAGAACAAGUAACUGUUCUCUGAAGACCAUGAAGAACUAACUCUUCACAGAUAACCUUACAAUCUUACUUAUUUCUAUGACUGUUCAAGGCUAGAUUAACAGAAUUCAUUAUGGUCUGGUUUUGUUAAAAUCAAGUAGAGAAGCAUUUGAAAUACAGAUGGGUUCUUCUACAAUAUUUUACAGCUUCCCUAGUGUGUAAUAUUGUAAUAAUAAUUCCUUUAUAUUGCACUGCAGAAAUCUUUUGUCUUUCAAGCAGCAUUUUAUAUGUUGAGGGCAAAACUGCCUAUUGGUAGAACUGUCUUCUUCAAGGAAUAAUUGGUCAUUUUUAUUUUUGCUUUCAGAAGGCAAAGUUUCAUGAGGUACUAUUGCUGUGACAUCGUAAAGGUGUUGCCAGUCUACAGUGGGACUACAGGAAACUUUAUAUUCCUGUCUCAGUGAUGAUUUUGGAUACAUUUUUCUCAUUAACCUCUGUCCCUGAGGUUUUACUCUACCUGUGAUGAAUAACUCUCAGCUGUUCAUGCUGCUCCAGACCUGUCACCUCAUGAGCUGCAGCUAUACUGUCAAGGAAGUCACUACUUAGCCAAGGCAGGAUUUUGAUUUAGAAGCUUAUUUCAACUCAGACUCACCUGAAAAGGCCUCCUAAAACCAAGUCCUUCUCCAUCAACAGCACCUCAGCAGUUUCCUUCAGCUCAGCCCCUAAAGCAAGUAAUUCCCUAUGCACAAAGGACAAAGCACAAGCAAACCCACAGGCUCAGGAA